GGGUGGGGAUGGGGGGCAGACUGCCCGUGCGGGUGACUUUCUGAGGAAGGCAUUUCGGAGAAAAAGGGGUGGCUGGAGUAAAAAAAAAAAAAAGCCUGUGUGAUGAUUCAGAAAGAGCCCACUGGUGCUUUCAAUUUGACUUCAUUGAAGUCUCCUGGAAGCUAGACCCAGACCUUCCUAAGAGCCACAAAGAAACCAGUUCUGGUACCUCCAGGGGGAAUGGGAUAUUGUAGGGUAAAUGGCAUGCAUAUUAAUUUUUUUUUUUUCCUGAAGCUCUUUCUCUUCCAUCAGAACCUUACCUUGGCUUUGGAUCUCAGAAGAGAACCACCAAGCAGAGACCAGACUCAGUGAGUGAGCAGGUGUUUUGGACAAUGGACUGGUCGAGCCCAUCCCUAUUAUAAAAAUGUCUCAGAGCAACCGGGAGCUGGUGGUUGACUUUCUCUCCUACAAGCUUUCCCAGAAAGGAUACAGCUGGAGUCAGUUUAGUGAUGUGGAAGAGAACAGAACUGAGGCCCCAGAAGGGACUGAAUCAGAGAUGGAGACCCCCAGUGCCAUCAAUGGCAACCCAUCCUGGCACUUGGCGGACAGCCCUGCGGUGAAUGGAGCCACUGGCCACAGCAGCAGCUUGGAUGCCCGGGAGGUGAUCCCCAUGGCAGCGGUGAAGCAGGCGCUGAGGGAGGCCGGGGAUGAGUUUGAACUGAGGUACCGGCGGGCAUUCAGCGACCUGACAUCCCAGCUUCACAUCACCCCAGGGACAGCAUAUCAGAGCUUUGAGCAGGUAGUGAACGAACUCUUCCGGGAUGGGGUGAACUGGGGUCGCAUUGUGGCCUUUUUCUCCUUCGGUGGGGCACUGUGCGUGGAAAGCGUAGACAAGGAGAUGCAGGUAUUGGUGAGUCGGAUCGCAACUUGGAUGGCCACUUACCUGAACGACCACCUAGAGCCUUGGAUCCAGGAGAACGGCGGCUGGGACACUUUUGUGGAACUCUACGGGAACAAUGCAGCGGCCGAGAGCCGGAAGGGCCAGGAGCGCUUCAACCGCUGGUUCCUGACAGGCAUGACUGUGGCUGGCGUGGUUCUGCUGGGCUCACUCUUCAGUCGGAAAUGACCAGA